AUGCAUUGUAAUUGUCAAUCUCAUCCUAUAAACGGUGGUAAUCGUUUAUAUGAAAUUUACCCGACAUGGGAUGACGGAUGGUUUCCUGAUUAUUCUAAUGAAAUUGAAAAAAUUAUUCGUCCUAAUAUUUAUUCUCGAUUGCAAUCAUUAGUUUUACCAGCUGCAUCACCUAAAUUAACACAACUCAUAUUUCGUGGUGAAUUUUCUCGUUUGAAAAUAUGUCAUCUUGGUAGAUGCGAACCAAUUAUUCUUCCAUUAUCGAUGACUAUUCAACAGCUAAAUUUUCGUCAAUUAACCGUACGAGAACAAAAUGGUCAUGAAUUAGAAAGAAUUUUAUUGGCCUGUUCUUCUUUAGUAUAUCUUGAUUUCUUAUGUCAUGAUAUUAUUCCUCCAUUUGUUAUCAGAAACCGUAGUUUUCCAUCUAUGAAAUAUCUUCGACUUGGUCGACUUCAAAAAUUUUUUUUUCACAAUGGAGAAUUCGAUUUUCUUCUCUCAAUCUUUCCAAAUCUUUUACAAUUUCAUUUAACUGCUGUUCAAUGUCAUGAAAAUGUUGAAACCAUCCAAUUUAGAGAAGUUGCGCAUUAUUUAAGUCAUCGAUGUCCAUUACUGAAAAUAUUAUUUUUAUGUAUUUAUAUGGAAGGACAUAUGGGUUGGUUUUUUUCUAUCGAUAGUUUCAGGGAAAUUACCGAGAUACAUUCUCUUUUCAAUUAUGUCAAUAGAUAUCAAACGCGUCUAAUAAUAAGUUCACAUGGCUUUAUUCAUCAUCAAGUUUACUCAUAUGGAUAUGCUCGUUCUUCAUGUAGAUGA